AUACGUGCACAUACACACAGUGACACUUCCAUGAGCACAAGGGAUAUCCUUCACUCUCUAGCACCUCUAGACCCUUUCUAGUCUAGACAAUGGCUGAGGGAUUAUGAGUGUGGGCCGGGACAAUGACAUCACAGACCAUCAACCCACAGCCUGGUCCUGGGAGAAGACCUAUUCUUUCUUCAAAGCAGCCAUGGGAAUCAGCCUCCUCUGUCAUGUGGCCUUUUGUUUCCUGGCUGUAGUUGCUGCCCCCUUUGACAAUGAUGACAAGAUCGUUGGGGGCUACACCUGUGAGGAGAAUUCUGUCCCCUACCAGGUGUCCCUGAAUUCUGGCUACCACUUCUGUGGUGGCUCCCUCAUCAGCGAACAGUGGGUGGUGUCAGCAGCUCACUGCUACAAGUCCCGCAUCCAGGUGAGACUGGGAGAGCACAACAUCGAAGUCCUGGAGGGGAAUGAACAGUUCAUCAAUGCAGCCAAGAUCAUCCGCCACCCCAAAUACAACAGCUGGACUCUGGACAAUGACAUCCUGCUGAUCAAGCUGUCCUCACGUGCAGUCAUCAAUGCCCGCGUGUCCACCAUCUCUCUGCCCACCGCCCCUCCAGCUGCUGGCACCGAGUGCCUCAUCUCCGGCUGGGGCAACACUCUGAGCUCUGGUGCCGACUACCCAGAUGAGCUGCAGUGCCUGGAUGCUCCUGUGCUGACCCAGGCUGAGUGUGAAGCCUCCUACCCUGGAAAGAUUACCAGCAACAUGUUCUGUGUGGGCUUCCUCGAGGGAGGCAAGGAUUCCUGCCAGGGUGACUCUGGUGGCCCUGUGGUCUCCAAUGGACAGCUCCAAGGAAUUGUCUCCUGGGGCUAUGGCUGUGCCCAGAAGAACAAGCCUGGAGUCUACACCAAGGUCUACAACUAUGUGGACUGGAUUAAGGACACCAUAGCUGCCAACAGCUAAAGCCCCUGGUCCCUCUGCAGUCUCUAUACCAAUAAAGUGACCCUGUUCUCA